UCAGGUUGAACAUUCUGUGUCUCCUAGAUCUCUCACUACAGCCAGCAUCAUGACAUUCAACGGAACAUGGAAAGCUGACAAAAGCGAAAACUAUGAAAAAUUUAUGGAAGUUAUGGGUGUGAAUGUAAUGAAACGUAAGCUGGCUGCACAUGAUAACCUGAAGAUCACAAUCACACAGGAUGGGGACAAGUUUAAUGUAAAGGAAUCCAGCACCUUCAGAACCAUUGAAAUCAAUUUCACCCUUGGAGUCCAGUUUGACUAUUCCCUUGCAGAUGGAACAGAACUCACUGGCGCCUGGAAUUCAGAGGGAGAUAAGCUUGUAGGGACAUUUAACAGAAAGGACAACGGAAAAGAGCUGAAGACAUGGAGAGCGAUAAUUGGGGAUGAACUUGUACAGGCAUACGUUUAUGAAGGAACUGAAGCCAAGAGAAUUUUCAAGAGAGCCUAG